CGAUCUUCCUGUCUGAUUGCAGACUGUCUCCACACUAGAAAUGAAUUCUAAGUCUGAGCUGGAAACCUACACUAUAAGGGGAAGACAGACUCAUGUGCCAUAAUUCAGACAAAAAGAAAUCACCAUAAUAAAUUUAAAAGCGGCCACUGAACAUCUCUGCUCCCAUGGAACUUAUAGUCAGAGAGGGAAAUCAAAUGUGGAUAUGGAUUUCAUAAUGCGAUAAGUGUUUGAAAGGCAAAACAGAGUAUCGGAGUAAAUGAGCCGGGUGUGUUAUGUGGCCAGUUUAGACAGAGGGUGGUAGCCAGCCUCCACAAUAGGCAGUGAUGUUAGCGGUGCCUGAUAGCCAUGCCUUUUACAGUCGCCUCUUAUAUGGGGCUGACAAGUGUGACCCAUAGGAUAUUGGGGAAAUACAGAGCUUGAGUUCCAAAGUCAGAAAAACACUGUGACUUCCUCUUUGCUCUCUCUUGAUCACUCAUGGGAAAUCCCACAUAGUGAGGUUCACAUGGGCAGUUACCAAGCCUCCGGUCGACAACUAACUCACCAUGGCAGCCAAAUGGAUUAACUAUCUCCAGAGUUCAUCCUCCAGUCCCAGGGCCUGUGCUGCCCCGACCAGCCUCAGACUUUCAAUCUUCCCGCCUCAGUGUCACCAGGACAGUAGAAUAUUUUCAGUUUUGUACAAGAAGUGUUUGCAGAACCCAGGAGAAACAUCAGACGCACUUGGAAGCCAUGGGAUGCUUUCCAGGAGAGGUGAAUGUCAACCUCUCAGCAGAGCGCACCGUAGAAAGGCAGAUCCAGACCAGGGCUCCCCAGCCCUGUCUCCUGUCCCCCCAUCCAGAACUUUGACUCUCUGGAGCACCUCUAUCAUGGAAGCCGCAGAAGUUUCACUGGCACCACACCAGCAUCUGGGUCUGAAAUACAGUGGCUUGUUGGAAACAGGUAUGCAGGUAAGAAUAAGCAGUGUGCACGGAGGUCUGAGCAGAGGCUGGCCAGGGGCAAAGAGCUGCCUUCCUGAAGAGGACUGGAUGGGCAGAGACCUGGUGAUGGAGAUAACAAGACACACUGGAGAAACUGGAAGAGAAGUGGGAUCAGCUGGAGCUGAGGGCCAGCACGUCUCCUCUGUCCAGAUGCUGCAGCCUGUCAGAAACAGAACCCUGGAGAGGGCUUCUCUUCCGCCCCAGGACAGAGUCUGUUCUGUCUUGCCUACUCUGCCUGGCACCCUUCCAACACCAGUUCUUAAGGCUCUGAUCAAAUGCAAUUCCACAGGCCCCUAUCCCAGGAUCCAGAAACAGGACAGCAACAUCCGGCAUCUUCUGCCAGCCCCUCCUCUAGCUCCAUCUCGGUCCCCAAUCCCUGGCAGCCACCCAUCAAAUCCUCUCCCCGCCAUGAUGUGUGUGUGUGACGGGGACACUGGACAGUCAUUCUAACCGAUUUGUACAAUUUGUUUCCUGGGCUUUGGGCAACCCACUCCAUCUGCGGAUGGCUGUGAGCGGCUUCCAAGCACCAUGCCUUCCUAACCACCUCUCAGGAGCUCCCCAAGGGAUGCCUUUCACUCUCUUUCCAGGGGUUAGCACAGUACAACCCUGGAUGUUUCCAAAGCACGAACCAGCCUAAUAAGCACAGGCGUCUCCAUGGCAUCCUUCAUCUAGCUUAUUGAAGCGUUCCACAGAUGCGAAGGAACAUCGAACCAAAUCCCAAGAACACUUUCUGAACCCCAGGAGUCAUGCACCAUUUUAUCAGGUAGUUUAUUGGCGCAGCAAACUGGGAGUCUACCACCCUCCGUUCACAAAUCAGUUCAGAGAUAGGAUCUAACUUGCCCAAAGUUGAAGAGUAAGUUCAUAGAUGAUCUGAACUUAGAAACUAAGCCUACUGGGCCUGUGGAGGGACAGAGUCCUCACUGAUCAGUUAACAGGAAUGCACAGACCUCUGAGGAGCAGCCAUUUAACUAACUGCCUGGACCUAUGAAAUGCACGGAACUGCAUAGCCUGGGUGGGAAAUGAGCCCGUCAAUCUGUUUUGUGCAUUUACUUGCAAUUCCUCAUUUGUUAUUUUUAUCUGAUUGGUUUCACUUUAGACCUGGUUCCCAUUUCUCAUUUAUGACUAAAGGCCCUUGGGUGAGGAAAAGGGAAGUCGAGGAGUGUUCUCUUUUGUACUCUGCAAAUGUUUCUAUACCUCCGUUCCCCUCCCCCUCCUU